AGCCCUGUGUUUUUAGCCAUUCCUUAUACUGCUGCCAUCAUGGUCGUCUGUCUGGCCCAGAGUAUGGUGCAGAGGAGCGGCCGCUGGCUCCUGCUGUCCCCUACUGCCCUGGCUCUGGUCUACACCAGGGGUGCAGGAGGCACCCCUUCUCCCUCAGUCGCCCAACCGUCCACCUCCCAGGAUAAGAUUCGGACCGAGGAUGACCUCCCCAGGAUCAAAACCAGGGAGAUGUUGUACAGAUUGUAUGUCCAAGGCUACUACAAGCGUCUACAUGAGCUACAGGUGUAUGAGAAGCAGCUGUACGGCCCCAUGUACAAAAUAGGCAUAGGCAGCAUUAAUUCGGUUGCUCUCAACAGUGUGGAGCUACUGGAGGAGCUGCUUAGGAAGGACGAGAGGUUCCCCAGCCGAGGAGACAUGUCCCUCUGGACAGAGUACCGGGACCUGAGGGGCAUUGGUUACGGCCCCUUCACUGAGGAAGGGGUGAAGUGGUACAAUCUGAGGACUGUGCUGAACAAGCGCAUGCUGCACCCUAAAGAAUCGGUGCAGUACGGAGACGUGGUCAACGAGGUGGUCAGCGACCUGAUCAAGAGGAUCUACCAUCUACGCCGGACCAGCCCCACGGGAGACCGGGUGAACAACCUGUCCAAUGAGCUUUACCGAUUCUCUCUGGAGGGAAUCUCUUCCAUCCUGUUUGAGACGCGGAUCGGCUGUCUGGAGGAAGAGAUCCCGGUGGAGACGCAGCACUUCAUCGAUUCCAUCGCUCAGAUGUUCUCCUACAGCUUGCCGGUGGCCAUGCUGCCCAAGUGGAGCCGCAACAUCCUGCCAUUCUAUGGGCGCUACAUCGCUGGCUGGGAGGGCAUCUUCAAAUUCUCUAUGAAGUUUAUUGAGAUGAAGAUGGAGGCAAUUCAGAAGCGAGUGGACACAAACCAGGAAGUUGAGGGAGAAUACUUAACGUACCUCCUCUCCAAUACAAAGAUGACCAAUAAGGAGGUGUACGGCAGCGUCGCUGAGCUGUUAUUGGCUGGAGUUGAUACGACAUCCAAUACCAUGAUGUGGGCGAUGUACCUGCUGUCCAGGGACUCCAAUGUGCAGAACACUCUUUAUCAGGAGGUGUCCCGCUGUAUACCAGGAGACAACAUUCCAUCUGCUCAAGAUGUCAACUGCAUGCCAUACCUCAAGGCUGUCAUCAAGGAAACACUAAGAAUGUACCCUGUUGUCCCCCUGAACUCACGCAUCAUGGCAGAGAAGGAUGUAAUCAUUGGCGGACAUUUUUUCCCCAAGAAGACUUCAUUUACAAUGUGCCACUACGCCAUCAGCCAAGAUGAAAAGACGUUCCCAGAACCAUCGAAGUUCAAGCCUGAACGAUGGUUGAGGGACGGCCGAGUCCGACCAAACCCCUUUGGCUCUAUCCCAUUUGGUUUUGGGGUUCGGGGCUGCGUAGGUCGUCGGAUAGCUGAACUGGAGAUGUACCUGGCUUUGUCACGGAUAAUCAAGCUAUUUGAAAUCAGACCGGACCCCAGCAUAGGAGAGGUGAAAGCUCUCAAUCGCUCCGUCUUAGUGGCAGACAGGCAAGUGAAUCUGCACUUCCUGGAGAGGACAGACAAAGCUGCCCUUUGAUAUGUUAAAGACAGUUGAUAGCCAUUAGUCACCAUGCAGCCUUGCUAUAUAAGCCUACAAUAUCUAUCGCUGACUGUAAAUAAACAUACACUACUGUUCAAAAGUUUAGGGUCACUUAGAAAUGUCCUUGUUUUUGAAAGAAAAGCAAAUUUUUUGUCCUUUUAAUAUAACAUCAAAUUGAUCAGAAAUAGUGUAGACAUUGAUAAAGUUGUGUCAUGACGUUGCCCUCUUU